AGUUGCUUUUAUCCUAUUCCUCAAGCAGCAGAUUGUAUCUUGCGUGUGGUUGAAAGAGCCAAUGCACCCCUCAUUUACCUCUCUACAGACGCCGCAGAGAGUGAAAUUCGGCUGCUUCAGUCACUGCUUGUGAGAGAAGGCAGGCACGUUCCACUUGUCAAACGCCCACCUCGGAAUUCGGCAGAAAAAUGGGACUCUUUGUUGUACAGGCAUCACAUUGAAGGAGACCCUCAGGUGGAAGCUAUGUUGGACAAAACUAUAUGUGCCAUGUCCAGUGUGUUCAUUGGAGCAUCGGGUUCAACUUUCACCCAAGACAUUCGACGGCUAAGAAAGGACUGGGGAUCCGCAUCAUUGUGCGAUGAGUACCUUUGCCACGGUGAGGAGCCAAAUGUUGUAGCGGAGAUGGAAUGAGAACCACAAAUAACUCUGAUCUCACUUUCGGGGAUACUUCACCUUUGUCCUGCAAACAUUUGACUUAGAAUAGGAUUUUCUUUGUCCUGCAAACAUUUGACUUAGAGUAGGAUUUUGUCAAUAUGUGUUGUCAUGUAUGAUAGUAGAGUUGGCCAUUUCACUUGUAACUUUCACUGGUUUAUAUAUAUUCUACCACAAUAAAUAUAGUGUAUGAUUAA